UAACUCUGAUAUCUUAUUAGAUGAAACAAUUCAAGACUAUAAAUGGCAUGACAAUUUAUCUCAAGCUGAUAUAAUUUCUGAAGGUUUAACUCAAGAAAGUACUAAUUCAUUAUUUGAAGAAUCUUCACAAGCAAGUUGUUCAUAUACUUUAAUUGAAGAUUCGAAUCAUGAAAGUCUUAUGUCAAUUGAUAAUCAAUCUCAUUCAAGCUAUUCAAGCUUUGAUAACCAUAAGCAAUUACAGGAUAAAGCACUACAACAAGUUAAAAAAAAUAGGCAACUUAUUCCUGAUUGGGAAUUUGACAGUCAUGUGUAUGCCAAAGUCCAAAAACCUGGAGACAUAUACGAAGUGAAAAUUAAGACAAAUGCAGCAAAUGUAUGGAACCCCAUUAUCGCACAAAUAUAUAUUGACGGAUACACAGAUAACUCACAACACGUCAUGUUAUCCAGUGAGUCGAAAACGCAGAAUACAUUUAGUAGUGCAACGGGUGAUACGAAAUAUUAUUUCAAAUUUAGAAAUUUCACAUUAUCAGAAUUUGAUCAAUUGGAAAAACAAAAAUCGAAAGGACUAGGUUAUCCUGGAGCAGUAUCAGCGGCAUUUUAUCUUGCCAGAUUUGUGGAUAAUGAUAUGCCAACAAUUCCUGAUUUCAUGUUAACGUCACAAGACGAUACUAUUGAUUCCAAGAAACUUAGUAGUAUACCAGCAUCUUUUGAUAAAUCAGAAGAAAAAUUAUUACCACCAUUAAAUUAUGAAAAGUUUAAAAAUGAACCUAUAGCAGUUCUUCAUUUGAAUUAUCGACCAGCACCUUGGUUUUCAGACGAACUCGAAAAAAACACGAAAAUCGACACAUUUAACAUUAAAUGA